AUGGAAGAAGAUGAAGAUGGUAUUGCAGUGGUAGGCAUUGGAUGCAAUUUUCCAGGCGGAGAAGGACUUGACAAUUUCUGGAAAGUUCUGAUAGAUGGAAGAAACUGCACUGUGCCAAUUCCCAGAAAGCGAUUUGAUUUAGCCAGCUGGUAUGAUCCUGAUGACAACAAAGCGGGUAAAUCCCGCACAGCCAAGGCUGCUCUCAUUGAUGGGUUCAAUGAAUUUGACCACAAGUUUUUCGGCAUCACUGACAAUGAAGUGGAGCAAAUGGAUCCUCAACAGAAACAGCUCCUUCAGUGUGUUUACAGGGCUUUGGAGAAUGCCGGAAUACCAAUGGAGGAAGCCAGUGGAACUAGGACAGGAGUGUUUUUUGGCCUAAUGAAUAGAGAUUAUGAAACUAAUGCUGUACACUUGCACCCAAGUGUAAUCAACCACUGGACUGGUACAGGACUUGCCAUGAGUAUUGCAGCAAACAGAGUCUCCUACAUCUUCAACUUCACUGGGCCCUCACUAACCAUAGACUGUGCCUGUUCAUCAUCUCUUGUGACUCUUCAUCUUGCCUGUCAAGCCAUUAAACAAGGUGAUUGUGACAUGGCUGUUUGUGGAGGAGUCAGCUGUAUAAUAGAACCAAGAGUGUUUGUUGCUCUCAGCAAGGCCAAGAUGAUCUCACCUGACGGGACCAGCAAACCUUUCUCCAGCAGAGCAGAUGGUUAUGGUAGAGGGGAGGGCUGUGGAGUUGUUCUCCUGAAGCCUCUAAAAAAGGCUAUACAAGACCAUGACCAUAUAUGGGGUAUCAUCACUAAAACAGCAGUCAACCAAGAUGGUCACUCGGUCACUCCGAUCACCAAACCUUCUAUGACACAACAAGAGAAACUCUUGCAAAUAAUCUAUUCGGCAUCUGAUCUUGCCAAUGUCCAGUACAUAGAAGCACACGGCACUGGAACCCCAGUUGGAGACCCAAUAGAGGCAAGAAGCAUCUCCAACGUUAUUGCUAAAGCCAAACCUCCAGGUUCAGAGACACUCUGGAUUGGGUCUGUGAAGAGCAACAUUGGACAUACAGAAUCUGCAGCUGGAGUGGCCGGACUCAUUAAGGUACUCUUAAUGAUGAAGCAUGAGACCAUUGUUCCCUCAGUUUUCUACUCUGAAGAGACUGCCAGUGUAGAUGCCAAAGCUCUGAACAUUAAAAUUCCCAAGAAAGCAGAAAAGUGGGAAACCUCUGGUGCAAGAAUUGCAGGAGUGAACAACUUUGGCUUUGGGGGUACCAAUGCACACGCCAUUGUCAGACAGCACAAACAGUCACACAUGAAGCAAAAGAGCGAUGGCAAACGGAAAAAAUAUUUUGUUGUGUCAGCUAAUUCAACAAAAUCUCUUACUAUGAUGUUGGAACACUCCAUAAAACAGUUAGAAAGCAAAGUUGAUCUAGAUUCUCUGUUGUACACAUCAGCUUGUAAGAGGAGCCAUCUAAAGCAUAAGUACAGAAAAGCCUUUGUAGUUUCAUCUGUAGUUGAUCUUAGACAGAACUUAAGUGCCACUGUAGGCAAAAAUAUUAGCCAGGCCUACUCAGAUCCAAGGUUAGUGUUUGUCUUUUGUGGAAAUGGUGUCACUUACCAUGGCAUGUGCAAAGAGCUACUAAAAUACGAGCCUGUAUUCAGGGAUAAGAUCAAAGAGAUUGCACAACUUUUCCAAAGCCAGAGUACACUGAACAUUUUGGACACACUUGAGAGUGAGUUUGAGGGUAGUGACUUCAAAAGUCCACAUGUUGUCCAACCACUCCUUUUUGCUCUUCAAGUUGGCAUUACCACCCUACUCUGUCAUUGGGGUGUCAAGCCCAAUGCAAUGCUUGGACACUCCGUUGGUGAAGUUGCAGCUGCUCACUGUUCAGGCCUCUUGUCUCUUGCGGAUGCAGUAAAAGUGAUUUAUUUCCGCAGCACUCUCCAAAGCAAAGUCACUGGGGGGAAGAUGCUUGUGAUCAGCAACAUAGAUGUAUCAAAGGUAACUUCUCUUCUCUCUCAUUACUCUGGUAGAAUUUGCUUUGCUGCUUUCAACAGCCCACAGUCCUGCACCCUCACAGGUGAUGCAGAUGCAAUUGAAAGCCUCUAUAAGGAGUUAAGUACCUCAGCCAAUGGUCAGAAUCUGUUCCUUCGUGUACUGGAUGUCCCCGCUGCUUACCACAGCCCCAUGAUGGACCCAAUUCUUCCAGAAAUCAAGGAGACAAUUGGCUCUUUACAGGUGAAUGACUUUGACACAGAGCUGUUCUCAACAGUGACAGGCAAGAAAGUCCAGCAGGGUGAUUUCUGCACAGGGGAGUACUGGGCUAGGAACAUUCGUGAGCCAGUAUUCUUUGAGCAUGCUGUAAAGUCAGCAACUAAAGGAAAGAAGAACACAGUCUUUGUAGAGAUAGGGCCAAGAAGGGCACUGCAGAGAAACAUCAUGGAAUCUCUGGGAAAUGACACCAUUGUCCUUGCAUCAGCUCAGCCAGAAAAAGAUCAUGAAUCAAUAAUGUCUGUUGUUUGUAAGCUGUUUGAACUGGGUGUCCAUGUAAAUUGGAAGAGCCUCUACAGAGGGCACGAGACAAUGCCACUACCAAUUCCGCAAUAUCAGUUUGAUUUCUCAGACAGAGAUGUUAUCAUUGGAGCAGCACACAAAAACACAGGAAGUAAUCAUCCUGUGCUUUGCCAGACCGGAAGUGGAAGCAAUGUGUUCAGCUGUGAUCUGAAGUCUGACUCAUCUUUCUACCUUAAAGAGCACAAGCACAAUGAUAUACCCAUCAUCCCAGGUGCCUUCUUUGCCGAGUUGGGUCUAGCCGCAUUCAUGGCCAGUGCAAAACCAAAGGUACCACUCAACUUCCUAGAGCUUAGUGUCAGUUUUCAUAGUCCAUUUGUUUUAACUCAGAAUGCACCUGAAAUGAAAGUGCAGCUAGAACAAACAGAGGAAGAAACUAGGUUCACGGUACUCUCCACAUCUGCAACGUAUGCGUCUGGCACAGUGGUUUCAAAAAAAGAGAGACAGAUUGAGGAGCAGUGUAUUUCACUCAGCUCCAUCUACAGAAGAUGCAAAUCUGUAAUGAGCUCUCAUGAGUUCUAUGUGAAUCUCUCUCAAGGAGGCUUUCAGUAUGGAGAUGUCUUCCAGAAUAAGGGAGAUGUGUAUUAUGGAAAAGAUCUCAAGGAGGCUUUUGCAGUUGUCACAGUGCCAGAUGAACUACAGUCUCAGUUGCAUGACUACUGUAUUCAUCCUGUUAUGCUGGAUUUUCUGAUGCAGCUUCUCCCAGUGACUGUAGAAAACACCUUUGCUGGCAGACCUGGAUUUCCUGCCAAAAUAGGAAGUCUGACAGUGUUUGAACCCUUGCAGCAUCAGAUGAUUGUCUAUCUGAGAGCAACUGAUGUGGGUCUUGACCACUUUGAGGUUUGUGGCUGCUUUGCAGAUAAAGAAGGAAGAGUAUUGGUUGAGGUAAAGCAUGUGAUGAUCAAGUACCUUGGUAAUCACUCUCAUGUGGUGGAGGAGUAUUUCUAUCAUAAUGCCUACAGUGUCAUCCCUGAUGGCAUCGCAUCUUCUCAUCCUCCUAAGGCCUUGGUCUUCUCUGACUGUAUAGGGAUCUCUGAAGGCCUUCAGCAAUAUUUGGACUCAAUGUCUACAUAUAUUUCCUUCACACAUGCAGAAGACAUCUUGAGCCAUGGGUUUCCUUCCCUCUUGUCAAAUCUCAAUAUAACAAAUAUUGAGAGAAAGUUUGACGAGGUCUUGUUUUUGUGGGGCAAAGAAAACCUCACUUCACUGGAAGCUGAAGUUGUCCUGCAGAAUUUGGCGAGCUGUUGUGAGAUUUUCCGCCAAAUAGUCCUUGAGCUGAAGCGAAUUCACUUUCCAAACUCCAUCAGAGCAAUCACUUACUGUUCAUCUGAAAUUACAGUGAACCGCAUAAGUCCAGGUUUUGUUCUUGCUGGCAUGACAAGGUCAUUUGCUGCAGAGAUACCAGAUCUUUUAUUUCAGCUAAUUGAUAUAAGCACUAUCUCUGCUAAGGACAUUGCAUCUUUGUCUGAGAUUCUAAGAUCAUGUCCUUGCAGCAAGUACCCAGAGUUGGUGGUAAAAGAUGGACUGAUUCUGAAACCUUCCAUUAUCCGUACUCAACCCCAAAUCAUUGACAAUUCAGUAGGAAAUUUUACCUCUACAAUGUUUGAGCCCUGCAUCCUUCAGACAGCUGACGCAUGUAGGAUGACACAACUGAGUGCCAUUCACUUUGACAAGGAAGUCCAGUCAAUAAGUGACAAAUCAGUUGAACUUUGUGUCACGAAAGUAUGUGUUCAUUCAUCUGAUUACUUCCCUGUCAGUGCAUCACAUCUGAAAUUUGGCCAGACACUGUACUGGGACAAACACUCAUCACAGAACCAUGAGCUACUGGCUCUUGAUUUCUGUGGUACUAUUACAGCAGUCGGAAAAGAUGUCAGGAAAUUAAAAGUGGGAGACCACGUUGCUUCGUGUUAUCCCGUAGUGACAGCCAGCAAGAUCAGUGUUCCAGAGGAUGUGUGCUACAGCACCAAGCGGUUCCCAUUCCUUCAACAAACACCCUGUGUUUCCUACUUUGUGCUAGCAUGGGAGAUCCUGCAUCGAGCUUUGCCUAGGACAAAACAUAAUCUAGGAAUUGUUUCCACUGUCCCUGAUUCUGCUCUGAUGAAAGUCUUGAAACUCACCUCUUACAAGUCAGGUUGGAACGUGAUUGUUGAGACACACUGCAAGGGGUCUUUUGGAGAUGUUGAUAAAAUACAUGCAUUUGUCAUCCUGCCUCCAUUUGAUGAAUCUCUGAUUGCUAAAGUCUGCAACUUUCCAGGCGUCCAACAUAUUGUCUUGAUCUGUCAAACUCAGAUUCAGUGUUUGCUUGCUCAGGAUAUGUUACAAAUUGUAGAGGGAAGUGUUCAUGUGAAGACAAUUCAGAUGCCUGUCAUCUUGCAAAAGGGAGCAUUGAUUGCAGAAAGACCCCACAUUUAUCACUGGCUGAAGUCCAUGAACUUGAGCAGGAAAUUUGCUCUUGAAAGCUUUACCUUUCAGAGUGUGAAAUCUAAAAGCAUCAAGUGCCUUCAUUCAGAGAAAGAACCAUCAUAUUUCAACUCAAAGAAGCUAGCUGUUGUGGCUCUGGAAAAGGAUGUCACCGGUAUGCUGACUAACAUUCCAUUGCUGCCAACAAAAAAGCAGCUUUUCAGAAAAAAAGCAGUGUACAUAGUGACAGGUGGUCUUUCUGGUCUGGGCUUUGAAACUGUCAGGUUCAUCUCACAAAGAGGGGGUGAGUACAUUGUAAUACUCUCCAGGAGCAAACCUACACCAGAUAUGCAGCAAAAAAUAUGUAAUGUGGAGAAACAGUGUGGAAACUACAUCACUGCCAUGGAGUGUGACAUAUCUGUGUCUGAGUCUGUGCACAAGGCUAUCAGUGUAAUUGGCCAGAAAUUUCCUGGGUGUCCAAUCAGAGGAGUAUUUCACAGUGCAGUUGUCUUGCAUGACAGGCUGAUUGAGAAGCUUGACAGAUCUCUUUAUGAGGAAGUUCUCAAACCCAAAGUAAAUGGCGCACUGAAUUUGCACAAUGCAACACAGCACUGUCAGUUGGAUUACUUUGUGUGCUACUCAUCUAUCUCAGCUUUUCUGGGAAAUGCAUCACAAACAAACUAUGCAGCAGCCAAUGCAUUUCUCGACAUGUUCUGUCACUACCGGUGCAAAUUCGGGCUGCCUGGACAGUCUAUCAACUGGGGAGCUCUAAAUCUUGGCCUCCUUUUGAACAAGGAACAUUUGCACCGGUUUUUGGAGGCAAAGGGGAUGAUGGUGUUGGAUGUGGCUGAGAUUCAUAAAAGUCUGGAGCAAUGCCUUGUGCUCAAUCGACCCCAACAGGCCGUUUGCAGGUUUAAUUUCAGAAACAUCAGGUACAACAUACUCUCUCAAAAUGUGGCCUUGACCAUGCGCCUCUCCGCACUGGUAGAGGAGGCUUUCGAAAAAUCCAGAGAGACAGAGUGUCAUACUAAACAAACUGAGUAUGUCUCACCGAAAGAGUAUGUUGUCUCUCUGCUUAGUGAGACAACCGGCAUGGAUGAGAGUGAGCUAAAAGAUGAAUCACCUUUGUUAUCAUUAGGUAUUGACUCCAUGCAGGCCAUGACUCUGCAGAAUCUCAUCUUUCAGGAGAGAGGUGUGAAUGUGCCUUUGGUGAAGUUGUUGGAUCCCAAUGCGACACUAUUAACAGUAGUUGCAAUACUGAGUGAAGGAGAUGAAGGGAAACAUUUCAGUGAUAACCCAGAGCCUCAUCCAGCUGGAGAUAGGAAUGAUGUUUCUACUAGACUGUAAAAAUGACAAAUGCACAUAUGGAAAUAUAAAAAUCAACUGUCAGAACACCAUAUUAUUAUGAUAUACUAUGAUUGGCCACUGCUCUACAACUGCAUUCUUGUUUUAACACACAUGUUCUUAUUGCAUUUUGUUUAUUUUGUUGUCCUUAUUGUAAAUGUAUGGCUCUGUUUAUUGUUUUGAUUCAUUUUGGUACAAUAGUUUUAUCAUUUACUCACUUCUUUGGAGACAUGCCACAUUUUAAAUGGAUGUUUUGUUUUUUUGUUGUUUUUUUUUUAUCAUGGUUUUAUUCAUUUUGUUCAAAGACAUGCUCAAAAUGAAAGCAUGAAAAUGAAACACACAAUUACAGUUAAAUAAGUAACUAGAUAAAUGUAUAAUCCCAUGUGAAUCAUUUAUUUAAAUUACGUACAUUCUUUUUUAUUCUUUUAUGGUCAGUAAAUUUUAAACUUUAGAGCUUAUGUCUGUCACAGGUGCAGUCCACCUGACAGUAAUGUCAACUUACUUUCAUUUGCUUGUUUUAUAACCACUCAUCUUUCUUAGGUCAUGGUCAUCUUUUAUCAUUUCUAACUCAUUAAUUCUGAUUGAUUAUUAUCUUUAUGGUGAUGAUAAAACAUAGCACAUAAUACAGUAUUCCGGAAUGUCCCAUAAAUGUCAUUUGUGCACAUGUAUGAUUAAUGAGUCUUUUGCUGUUUGAACCAAUAAGUUAUCACAUUGUGUGGACAGGGACAUUGUUCUCCUAGAGGACAUUGCCACAACAAGUACAUACAUACAUACAAACAACUUGAAAACAGAUACAGUGAUCUGUUAAAUCAGUUUUCCUACUAAAACUAAAUAAAAAGCACAGCUAAGCAAUUGCUCCAAUCAAAACUGAUUUCUUUAUACAACUAUUCUGUUUUGUCAAUACAUAUAUUUGGUACUGCAAAUGUAAAACAUUUUAACAGACAACAUAGCCAUUGUUAAUGACCAUCACUGUAAAAAUAUGAUACUAAUGAACUCUUACAUAUUGUGAUGGAAACAUGUACUGUUUUUCACUUGCUUGUGCCAUGAUAAAAUAAAAUGCACUUGAAUUCUCUAUACACUUGAUAAGGCUGAU